GGACCUGCGCUCCUGGCCUCCAAACCACCACCAGCCCCCCUCUCCCCGAUUUACACCAUUAUCACCCUCGGACUCAUUUUGGAGGAGCGGAAAGUCGCCUCUGAAGCGGUCGCCUACCUAUACAGCCAAGUAUGUAUCCAGCUGGAGGGAUAUCUGCAACAAUAUACACCAACAGGCUCCGGGCAGAAGGCAUGGGCUCCAAGGAGCAGGCCGUGCUCUUCGCCAACCAGGACUAUGAGGCACUGAAACAACAGUGUGUGGAGUCGGGCUGCCUGUUUGAAGACCCCUCUUUCCCAGCCGAGCCUCCAUCCCUGGGCUUUAAGGAGCUUGCCCCCUAUUCCUCCAAAACUAGAGAUGUGGAGUGGAUGAGACCCACGGAUCUGACAGAUGACCCUCAGUUCAUUGUGGGUGGUGCCACCAGAACAGACAUAUGUCAGGGAGCGCUGGGUGACUGCUGGCUCUUGGCAGCCAUCGCCUCUCUCACCCUGAACGAGAGGCUUCUCCAUCGGGUUGUCCCACAUGGGCAGUCCUUCCAAGAUGACUAUGCUGGAAUCUUCCACUUUCAGUUCUGGCAGUUCGGCGAAUGGGUGGAUGUUGUGAUUGAUGAUAGACUGCCUGUCAAAGAUGGGGAGCUCAUGUUUGUCCAUUCGGCCGAGGGCAAUGAAUUCUGGAGUGCACUCCUGGAGAAGGCGUAUGCUAAGCUGAAUGGCUCCUAUGAGGCUCUGUCUGGCGGAAGCACCACUGAAGGGUUUGAGGACUUCACCGGUGGUGUGUCUGAGAUGUACGAGCUCCGCAGGGCUCCCAGACAUCUGUACAGGAUAAUCGGCAAAGCUCUGGACAGAGGCUCCCUGCUGGGCUGCUCCAUCGAUAUCACCAGUGCCUUCGACAUGGAGGCUGUUACAUUCAGGAAGCUCGUGAAGGGCCACGCCUACUCAGUCACUGGACUGAAGGAGGUGGAUUUCCGCGGAAAUAUGGAACGCCUAAUCCGAGUACGUAACCCCUGGGGCCAGGUGGAGUGGACUGGUGCCUGGAGUGACAAUUCACCUGAAUGGGAUGAGAUCGACCCUUCUGAACGAGAGGACUUGCAUCUUAAGAUGGAAGAUGGGGAGUUUUGGAUGUCCUUCAGUGAUUUCACGAGGCAGUUUUCUCGGCUAGAGAUCUGUAACUUGACUCCUGAUGCCCUGAGCGAGGACAGUCUCAGCCACUGGAACACCAUAAAGUUCUUUGGCACAUGGAGGAGAGGCAGCAGCGCCGGAGGCUGCAGGAACCAUCCCAACACGUUUUGGAUCAACCCUCAGUAUAAGAUCACGUUGCUGGAGGAAGACGACGACCCGGAGGAUGAUGAGGUGGCGUGCAGUUUUUUAGUAGCUCUCAUGCAGAAGGACCGCCGCAGAUAUCGGCGCCAUGGUCAGGACAUGCACACCAUUGGCUUUGCUCUCUAUGAGAUACCAGAAGAGUACAGAGGGUGCCAGAAUGUCCACUUGAAGAAAAAUUUCUUUUUGAGCCAUUCAUCGUGUGCACGCUCAGAGACCUUCAUUAACCUGAGAGAGGUGAGCACGCGGCUGCGUCUGCCCCCUGGAGAGUACCUCAUCGUCCCCUCCACCUUUGAGCCCGGUAAAGAGGCUGACUUUGUCCUCAGAGUCUUCACUGAGAAGCAAUCAGAAACAGAAGAACUGGAUGAUGAAGUCUCUGCCGAUUUAGAAGAGGAUGAGGAAAUAACUGAAGAGGAUAUUGAUGACUCCUUUAAGUCCAUGUUUGCCCAACUAGCAGGAGAGGAUAUGGAGAUUUCUAUUCGUGAACUUAGGACCAUUCUAAACAGAGUCGUCUCCCGGCACAAAGAUCUAAAGACUGAUGGCUUCAGUAUGGAGUCAUGUAGGACCAUGGUCAACCUGAUGGACAAAGAUGGUAGUGCCCGUUUAGGGCUGGUGGAGUUUCAGAUCCUCUGGAACAAGAUCCGAAAGUGGCUGGUCAUUUUUCGACAGUUUGACCUUGACAAGUCGGGGGCCAUGAGCUCAUACGAGAUGCGUCUUGCUGUGGAGGCAGCAGGUUUUAAACUGAACAACAGACUGAACCAGAUUCUGGUAGCCCGGUAUGCCGAGAAUGAGAUGAUUGACUUUGACAACUUCAUUUGCUGCUUGGUCAAGCUUGAAGCCAUGUUUAGGUCUUUCCAGCAGUUCGACAAGGAGGGAUCAGGAGUGGCUGAACUGAAUCUCACAGAGUGGCUUUACCUGACAAUGUGUGGUUGAAGAGGAGUCUUUACGGGAGGAGCGUAUACAUCAAAGGUACAGACUGCCACGAGCCAGGAGCCCUGAAGACACCUCAGCCUUAGCGACCUGCUGAUCCUUUAACACAUCCCACCUCAGCGUCUAAAGUAGCAAAGAGCUGUAUAACGAAAAAACAAACUAUGCAAACCUACAGUAUGAAGCAGUUGCUGUGCCACAUUAAUCUGUUAUCUCUGUAAGACAGCAUGAGUCUGUGCAUGACAAAAAUCACUAGCUGUAAUGUGCAUUCUACCAGUUGAUUUUAUACUUUUACAUUUUAGUUUUGCUGUCUGUAUGAAUAUCAACUGAUUUACUGUUUUUUUUUUUUUUUUAAUCUUAAAUUGACAUCUCACAACAGGCUUUUUUCCACAAAGGAGGAUAACAAAAAUAGAUUAAAUUUUAAGUCUGUUACUGUAGUGCUUUAAAAAGUCUUAUAGAUUCUCUUAAUAAUUCUGCACUCAUAGUCCCAUUUCCCCUUGAUUUUAUUACUGAAAUAUCUUUUUACAGGAAAUCAUCACCUCAGUGUUGUUGGUAGUUUCAUUCUUGCACCUGUAGGUGGCAGUACAGAUGUAAUUGGUGUCAGUGAGGAUUUUCUUUUAAUUUUUUGGCAUUUGAUACUGAAGUUAAGCUUGUUUAUACUGUAUAAUACAAAAAAAUCUUUUUCUUCAGUUGAAGUCAAGCAGCUGACCUUUAUUGUUUUUAUUUUACACUAUGAUUUUAGAUUAAGGAGGCUGUUAGUGAAGUUACUUCACAUUAGUGAGAAAUACUCAGUUCACUCAAGUGACAUUUGCAGGGAUCACAUGAUACUGAAUGCCUUAUACAUAACACCACGAUGUUGAAACAGCUAUUAAGAAUGUGCCAGUCAUGUGUUUUGUGUUGUGAAUGUAUGUUGUGCCUUCAAUAAAUAU